GCGAACCAACAGAGGGCAUUCUAUCGUCGACGUCACUUCCGGUAUAUUUAGUAUAAAACGGAACCCGAGUGGUCGAAGGACCAAAUCGUCGGUCUCUCAUCAUACUUCGUCAGCGUCGUCUCCGCUACAAUCAAUAUGCGUGCUUCCCAAAUGGUCGUAAUGUGCGUGGUCAUCUUGGUAGCGGUUAGCUGUACCGUAGUUCAAGGACGAUAUUUGCCGACGAGGUCAGACGAUGCCAGAAGAGAGCAGAUUAAAGAAAUUCUAAGAGCGCUUUUGGAGCUGACACCGGAGGAUCGGUUGUUCGCCAGAAUGGGAUACGCUCCCUACGAUUACAGAGAAGAAGGACAUUUGACAAAGAGAUCGGUUGGCGGUUCUGUCGAUUCUUACAGACACGACGACGAUCAAAUGGCUUACUAGUGUGACCGUCGAUGGUGUUGGAUUCCCGUUAAUGUUGUAAUCCGUCUGAAAUCAUUAUUUUGCUGUUUCGAUGCCCGUUGGCAACCGAUUUACAGAUAUCAGAGUAAUUAUUGCCACCGACAGUGACGUCACACGAUGAUUUAUUAGUUAUCUCUCCUUCGGCUUAAACGUUUUAAUAUUUAGAAAUAACCCGGAUUGCGCUCGCCGACCUCCAAAGAUUAAUCAUAAAUGGCAUUCACCGAUUUCUAUUUGUAAUUUAAAUUAUCGUCAGGUGUAAUAAUUCGUUUAUCAAAUUACCAUUAUCUUGGAAAUUCUAAUUUUCUGUGACGUCACUUUAGUGGGUAAACAAUUUAAUUCCAAUUGUUUGUCGUCUGUUGUUUCUUCUGUAUUUCGAAAUAAAAAGCUGCCAUUAUUUCAUGAAUAUUG